AACACAACACCUUUACGGCUUUACCCUCUCUUCUCUGUCUCUCCAGAGCGUUUCAGUUUCCGUCCAAGUUUCCGAUCAAAUGGCGCCGAAAGUAGCAGAGAAGAAACCGGCAGAGAAGAAACCAGCAGAGAAGAAACCCGCCGAAGAAAAGAAAGCCGAGAAAGCACCAGCAGCAAAGAAACCCAGAGCUGAGAAGAAAUUACCAAGCAAAGAUGCUUCAUCAACAGAUAAGAAGAAGAAGAAAUCAAAGAAAUCAGUUGAGACUUACAAGAUCUACAUCUUCAAAGUUUUGAAACAAGUUCAUCCUGAUAUUGGUAUUUCAAGUAAAGCUAUGGGAAUCAUGAACAGUUUCAUCAAUGAUAUCUUUGAGAAAUUGGCUGCUGAAUCGUCGAGAUUAGCGAGGUACAACAAGAAGCCAACCAUUACUUCAAGGGAGAUUCAGACUGCUGUUCGUCUUGUUCUUCCUGGUGAAUUAGCUAAACAUGCUGUUUCUGAGGGUACCAAAGCUGUUACUAAGUUCACUAGUUCUUAAAUCUGUGUUUUUCUGUUUUCUUAGAUUUGGAAAAAUUAGGGUUUCUUUAGAUUUAGUUUUGUGGUUUCUGUUUGGGGAUCAGGGUUUAUAUAUGUAAUUAGUAGUUCUAUCAAUCUUCUAAAGCAAGUAAUCAAUUUCAGAUCCAAUAUCUUGUUUGUGGAAUCAAAUGUCUUGAAUUUGAGAAAGAAAUAGAUUGAAAAUUUGAAACCCA